AUGACGAACCCACAAGACAACCCUGGAACUCCUCCACAACCUACUCCCUCUGAUUCAUCUACCCCUCCUCCACCUAGCACGACUCCCCAACCCAUGCGAAGGAGAGUAAAAAUGCUUGCUCGCGAAACGGUGGCAUCUGGCUCUCUUUCAAAGAAAUUGAAUGAGAAACUAAAGGCAAGUCAGGCCCAAGAUUCUGAUUCUGACUCUGAGUCUGAUUCAUUCAAAUCUGCUAGUGAGAGGGAAGGACCUGGGGGAAAAGGGAAAGGAGUGGUUGAUCAUUCACCUGAAUUGCCUGUACCUGUUAUUUGUGGGGUUGCACAGGAAACUGUUGACAAAAGUAGCAAGAAGUCAGGGGGAAGCGGUUCAGGGGAGGCUACUGAGGGGCUAGUUAAUCUAAGCUCACAAGGAGAUGAACCUGGUUCAUCAAUUGAAGAGACCCUAGCAGACUUUCUGAAAAAGGUAGGUGCAAGUUACGAUCCAAAGAAAAGAAGAACUCCCACACCAAAACCCCCAAGUGCUGCUAAACCUUCCAAGAAACGAAAGGCUUCCUCCCCAACAACUACUGAAACUACCUUGCCAAAGGGAAGAGCAACAAGAAGCAGAGUGAAAUAG